UUGGGCAAACGAUCUUCAUUGCGUGCAGAAGUGAAACAGCAUCUCUGUAUGAACAUUUCUAUCCCUGAUUCGCACCGCGUAAGUUCUUGGAUAUCCCAGAUUUAAACAGCUGACAUACGAUGAAUUCCCUGUCGCGAAGAAUUCUUCUGGCUCGGGUAUGAAUGACGGCUUCUUUUGUUACGAUUAACCUACAAGUCACAUCUUCGCUUCUCGCUCCGAGGUCGAAUCCGAGACAAAUUACCCCGACGGUUUGUCACCUCGAAUUUAAUUACCGAACAGCUUCGACAUCCACAGCGAACGAACAAAAUCAAAACAUAUCGCAAGCCUCGGAUAUCCUGAGUGUCGAUCCUAAGGAUAGCUUCCUUGUGAGGAUGAUCAAGAAGUACAAUCUAUUUAAUGUGGCUGAAAAUAAAGUCAAAUACAGCAGUUACCUAAUGUAUGAAUCUAUAGCAGACAGUAUCAAUUAUGCUCAAUUUUUCGAAGAAUUUAAUAUGAAAGACACAUAUUAUUCAUGGUUUUUAAUAACAGAGCUGCACGUAUGGAUGUUGAUGACAAGAUCGAUGGCUGAAGAAGAAUAUGGUAGACUAGCUAGAAAUACUGUAGUUGAGGCGAUGUGGGGAGAUGCCAAUUGUAGAGCUAAGGAAUUAUGGAGUGAAAAUCCAGCUGGCGUUAGGAUGCAUCUCAACGAAUUGUCGGAUCAAUUCAACUGCGCUAUAAUCGGAUACGACGAGGGAGUCAAUGGGGAUGACAAAGUAUUGGCUGGAGCAAUAUGGCGAAGAAUAUUUCAAUUAGAAUGUAACGAUCCCCUGCUUGUAGAGAAAUUAUUAAUCUAUGUCAGAAAGCAGAUGAAAUAUCUCGACAGUAUGUCGAGAAAGGAGUUAUUUGAUAAACCUAAGAUCAAGUGGGUGCCCCUCGAGGAUCCUUAAAUAUGGGUGAAAAUAUCGCAAGGUAUUUUCUUUUCAAUAUUACAUGAAUUUAUACUUGUACAAAGUCGGAAUACAAUUGUAUUCUUUCAACUGAUUAUUGUCAGUUGGCGUGUGUAUAUAUAUAUAUUUAUAUAAUAG